GGUAAGAAUUUAUUAAAAACGAAGUUAUAAAAAAAAAUUCUAUUAUGUAGUAUACUAGCUUAAAAUAUGACAGAAUUUUCUCCUGUGGAAAGUGCCAGAGCAAGAGGAAAAACAGUUGUGAAACAAAUUGUAUUUGGAAAUGAAUCAAAAUAUUUUGGGAAAAAAAGAGAGAAUGAUGGUCACACUCACUCAUGGACUGUGUAUGUGAAGCCUUUUAUAGAAACUGAAGAUUUAUCUUCAUUUAUUAAAAAGGUUCAAUUCAAGUUACAUGAAAGCUACACAGAUGCCCUUCGUACUGUUACUAAACCACCAUAUCAAGUCACAGAAACAGGUUGGGGAGAGUUUGAAGUCAUAAUAAAGAUAUAUUUUAUUGAUGCAGCUGAGAGACCUGUAACACUUUAUCAUCUUUUAAAGUUAUUUUCUAAUCCACUUCUUGCAAAUCAACCACAUGUGGGUACACAAGGUCAGCUUGUAUCAGAAUUUUAUGAUGAGAUCAUUUUUCAUGACCCUAGCAUAUUUCUUUAUAAACAGCUAACUACUCCAAAGAUGUCAACAGCUGUUCGUAAACAUGAAACUGAUUGGAAGACUAAAGGUAAUAAAACAUUAGCAUCUAUAAAAUUAGCCAAGAAAAGGGUUGCAGAGGAAAUUGCACAAAUGAAUGACAGGCUAAAAAAAAGAAAAGUUGCUAUUCAGAAAUUAAAGGAAGAAAUACAGAAGAUUGAAAAGCAAAACCAAAAGCAAUGAUUUUGUAACUUUACUGAAAUUCAA